UAAAAUCCAUACAGUCAAAGCCUGGUAGAAACUCUCAAGUCGUCCUCCUCAACAAAAAUUUUCUUGGCUACUGCUCCAACAAACCAUGCAAUCAUCUGCUCUUUCUCGGUUAUCAAACCUCAACAACCAUAUCAAUCCCACCAAAAAGGGCGGGAGUGAAGAUGGUUUUGGUGGGCUAAUUAAGAUAUCUCCUGAAGUUUCUGAAGCUUUAUCACUUGGUAAAGCAGUUGUUGCUCUUGAAUCCACUAUAAUUUCUCAUGGAAUGCCCUAUCCCCGCAAUUUAGAGGUAGCCAAAGAGGUAGAGGCUGUUGUAAGGGAUAAUGGAGCUGUGCCUGCCACAAUUGCAAUUUUGGAUGGAACCCCAUUCGUAGGUUUAAGUUCAGAACAACUUGAGAUGCUGGCUAAACUGGGAAAGAAAGUUCGUAAGACAGCUCAUAGGGAUAUUGCACAUGUGGUCGCUACACGCGGUAAUGGUGCUACUACUGUAUCUGCAACCAUGAUAUUUGCAUCUAUGGUAGGCAUUCCAAUAUUUGUUACUGGGGGUAUUGGAGGAGUGCACAGGCAUGGAGAAAAUACGAUGGAUAUAUCUUCAGAUCUUACUGAGCUUGGAAGGACUCCAGUAGCAGUAAUCUCUGCUGGUGUAAAGUCAAUAUUAGAUAUUCCAAGGACAAUUGAGUAUCUGGAAACUCAGGGAGUGUGUGUUGCAGCUUAUGGGACUGAUGAAUUCCCUGCCUUCUUCACAGAAAGCAGUGGCUGUAAGGCACCUUGCCGAGUUGAUACUCCUGAAGAUUGUGCUUGUGUAAUUGAUGCAAAUACAAAACUGAAUCUAAAGACAGGAAUUUUGAUAGCUGUCCCUAUUCCACGAGAACACUCAGCUUCAGGAAACCUGAUUGAGUCUGCAAUCCAAAGGGCUAUUCAAGAAGCAAGGGAGAAGAGCAUAAUUGGAAACGCUGAAACUCCAUUCUUGCUUGCUAGAGUAAAUGAGCUAACUGGAGGAGCGUCUCUUGCUGCCAAUAUUGCACUUGUAAAAAAUAAUGCGAGCAUUGGUGCUAGGGUUGCAGUUGCCCUUGCCCGUCUUCGUGAAUGUAGCUCUAAAGAUGAUGAAUAAUGGGUUGAUGCUAAAUGCUGCCUCAGUUGGACCAUACAGUUAACACUGUCAAUGGCAGAAAACUUUUCUUUCUUGUUCGAAUCUACUGAGGAAAAAGUUUUGGUGUUCCAUUAGAAGAAUGUUUUCAACUGGCAUGAAGGUUUUGUGUAGAUGCUCCAUUAGCAUAUCUUGAAUAUUUAGAUGCACACCAUAUGCUGCACGUCCAAAUGCUCAACAUCCAUACAGUUGAGCUAGGGUUGCUAAACAAAAAGGUGAGACAGUUUGUCCUUGAUGCUCCAUUGACAAUUUGACAUUGAAUUUCACUCUAAAGAGAGGGAAAAAAAAAGUUUGACUGUAAUUCUUACCAUGUACUCUGUGCUGAUAAAACCUGUGUACUAUAUAUCAGCUCUUAGUAUUAUCUCUGUCACUAUGGUGUUAUGGUAAUACAGAUAUUUUGGUGAAAAGCUUAGUGAAGUAUAUUGGUGCAACAUUAAGGUUCUCUUUGGUUAUGUGAAGGGUAUUCUUUGUCACUAGAUUUGUUAUUCAUCAAAUCUGGUGGAAGAUGAUUUAGAAUCUUAGAUUAUAAGAGUAUUUGUUUACCAA